AUGUCUUCCGCACCUCCGCGCAUCGAAGACACCGAACACCCUAGUGAACGCCCAAGAGUCGAUGAGGGCGUUCCGCCAGAGAAUAAGGACGCAGUACGGAUAACGAUUCUGAAGGAUGAGAACAAGGCUCUAACGGACGAGGUCGGUCGAUUGAAGCAGGCUUUGGAGGAAGCUCAGAACGCUGCUUCCGCUGCAAAUGAAGCGAAAGAUGCUCUCAAAGCCGAGAAUGAUGAACUCAAAAAGGCACAGGAACAGGCAAGAGAGGAGGCGAGAAGAGAUGAGAAGAGAAGAGAGGACUUGGCGAGAGAAGACCAGGAAAGACAAGAGAUGAGAGAAGAGAUGGAAUCAUUGCGAGUGGCUGUCGCUGAAGCGACAAAUGACGAAACUCGGCAAAAGAAUGCUCUCAAGUUGGUCCAGAAACACAACUAUGAGAUCAGAAUACCUGCAACAAGUCACACCCAAGUCAUGGAAAAUUUCAAACCGCUUGUCGCUUCGGGAGAAGAGGAGCACAUCAACAAUCUCCUGGAUUUCAUCUUUUUUGGGGAGCCGGGCACUUGGUACUGCUUUCUGGAGAUCUGCGAGCAAGGAACAAAAGAGCUCACUUGGCUGAAUUCCUAUGACGUCCAGAAAGAAUGCCCUACUCACGGGGAAAAGUGUAAAGUCAUGAUGUGCAAAUCCCAAGCCACUCCCCCUUAUCAAAUGAUAUUUCAGCGGUUCAAGCCGUCAGUUUCAUCAACACGAUGA